UUUUUCCGCUUGCGACACCGGGACAGAGGAGCGCGGGCGUGUUCUGGCUAAUGCCAAUUCCCUCAUGCAAUUAACCCCAUUUUGUCAUCAAAACGUUUCUUUUACCGUCUCUUGUGCUUAGUUAAUUUCGGGGUCACCUCACCUGUCCACAACAAGUAGCCGAGCAACUGCACGGAAGCCAUGAUUGAGGCGAGCAGUGACGUACUCCUUCCCUCGUACCACGAUGAGAAGCUGGUGGACAACCUGCUCUCCAGUGAAGAGACAUUGAAGGAUGGUGGCGAUGAUGAUGGUGGUGGUGUUUCCCUGGUUGAGGCCCUCCUCCCCGUGUUGGAUCCCCCCUUGUCCCACAUCCCGUGGUUGUGCUCCACCCGCUACAAGACGGAGCUGUGCGUCCGCUACGCCGCUACGGGCUCCUGCCAUUACGCCGAGCGCUGCAAUUUCGCCCACGGCCUGCAGGACCUCCACGUGCCCUUCCGCCACCCCAAGUACAAGACGGAGUUGUGCCGCAGCUACCACACGGAGGGCUACUGCUACUACGGCAGCCGCUGCCUCUUCGUCCACGGCGCCGCCGAGCAGCGGCCCGUGCCGCGACGGGCCCGACGCGGCGUGCCCUGCCGCUCCUACAGUAACUUCGGCAUCUGCCCGUACGGCGCGCGCUGUAACUUCCUGCACGCGGAGGAGGCGGCGAGCGCUUCGGAGUCGAGCGACAAGACCCCCACGAGCCCCCCCGGGGCGUGGGAGCGGAGGUCCCGGGGAGCCUUCUGCCACACCUUCAGCUCUUUCGGCUUCUGCCUGUACGGCACACGAUGCCGCUUCCGGCACGUCCUCCCCUGCACGGUGAAAAGCGCCGAGCCCGGCUCGGGCCCGGCGUCGCCCGCUCUGGAGUCCCCGUCGGCGUCGCCCGCCACCUCCCCGCAGGCCAGCGACGCCUUUGCCUUCUCCAGCCAGCACCUCAGCGACAUGCUCCUGCCCCUAGCCUUGCACCUCCGGCGGAUGGAGAGCAAUAUGAUCCGUGACAUGUGGGAACAAGUGUAACUGGAGCCACCGCAUCUCCAACCAAUAUUAGCACUGAACACCUUUUUAAAAUGUAUUUUUAGCAUUUAAAUUUUUAAAAACUUUUUUCUUUUUUUUUUUUAAACCCUUACAAUUUUUUUUAAGUUUAAAUGUGGUUUUCAACCAUAAGAUAGUAGUUGGACUGUCCUACUGAAUCACAACAACUAAGUGUAAUUUAAUUUGUAACUAUUGUACAUACUGGGAGCAAUGUCUGACUUGCUGUGAAUAAAAUGAUUUUUAAGCCUUA